AUGUCAAAAGUUUUCAUUACAGGUGCUACAGGAUUCAUUGGAUCCAUCGUUGUUGAUGAAUUGUUAUCACAUGGUUAUAAGAUUCUUGGUUUAGCAAGAUCAGAUAAAUCAGCUGAACAAUUAACUAAAAAAGGGGUUGAAGUUUUAAAAGGUGAUUUGGAAAACUUUGAUUCUAUUAAAGAAGGUGUAUCAAAAUCAGAUGGUGUUAUUCAUUUAGGUUUCAUUCAUGAUUUUAGUAACAUGGCUCAUUCUUAUGAUAUUGAUUUCCAAGUUUCACAAGUGAUUGUUGAUGCUAUUAAAGGUACUUCAAAAUUCUUUAUUUAUACAUCUGGUCUUGGUGGUUUUGGUUCAGAUAUUGGUGUUAAAACCUUUGAAAAUACUGAAAUUGAUGCUGAUUCAAUCAAUCCAUUUUUUAGAACAAGAUUUUUAACUGAAACAUUUGUUGCUGAGGCUGCUUCCAAAAAUCAAAUUAGAACUAUUGUAUUAAGAUUACCACAUUCAGUUCAUGAUAAAGGUGAUUCAGGAUUCGUUCCACAUUUAAUUCAAUUUGCUCAAAAGAACGGUGUCUCAUAUUAUGUUGGUGAAGGUAAAGGUAAAUGGCCUGCGGUUCAUAGAUAUGAUGCAGCAGUUGCUUUCAGAUUAGCAGUUGAAAAGGGUCAAGCUGGGAAAUCAUACCAUAUUGUUCAUGAAGAAGGUGUUGAAACCAAAAAGAUUGCAGAGGCCAUUGGUAAUAAAACUGGUUUGAAAACUGAAUCUUUAGGAUAUGAUCAAUUAGAAUCAAAAUUAGGUUUUCUUGGUUAUUUCCUUGCUUCAAACGUUGAAGUUUCAAGUGAAAUUACUCAAAAGGAAUUAGGUUGGACCCCAAAACAGAUUGGUUUAUUGGAAGAUAUUUCAAGAAACUAUUGA